GCGUACGUCAAACAUGGCGCAGCUACUAAGGACGUUGACCUGUCAGGGAUUGUGUGUCUCCAGGCCACAGUGCAGCAUCCUCUACUUAAGGCAUGCUGCUCCAAUGGGAACGACCGCCAAGGAGGAGAUGAACAAGUUUUGGGCCAAAAAUACGAGAUUGAACCGACCCAUGUCUCCUCACAUCACUAUUUACAAAUGGUCUGUCCCCAUGAUGAUGUCCAUCACACACAGAGGAACCGGAGUGGGCCUCAGUGGAGCUAUUUCCACCUUCGCCAUGGCCGCUCUGCUUUUGCCCGGUAGUUACCCGCACUACCUGGAUCUCAUCCACUCACUCUCGGUCGGCCCCUUCCUCAUUGGCCUGGCCAAGGUGGGCAUCGCCUUUCCUGUGUCCUACCAUACCUUCAACGGAAUGCGCCAUUUGUGUUGGGAUCUCGGAAAAGGCUUCAAAAUUCCAGAGGUGUACCGCAGCGGCUACACUGUAAUCGGCCUGUCCGUCAUCACCGCCAUUGCCGCUGCCACGCUCCUCUAAGCUCACUCCGUGGAGGCCAAGUGCAUUGUGGGAAUUUUGCUUUUGUGUAUAUGUUCUGCUAAUAAAAAAUAAAGGAUUAUGUAUUUGA